AUGGAACAGGCCUCGAACGUUGGUGACACUCGAAAGCUCUACCGUCUGAUCCACCAAGUUAGCGGUAAGCCCUCUACACUGAGUGACUCUGUUCGCGACGUGAACGGCGGCAUUAUUGCUGACAACUCGGCCAAAGUCGAGCGCUGGCGUGAGCACUUUGAGCACCAUCUCAACUUCGAUACCCAACAUACAUCGCCCUUGCUCUCCUCCUCAGUGGAGUUUCUUCCCUCUCCUACCUAUGCAGUGCCAUGCGAUCCCCCCUCCGAGGAGGAAGUCGCCGAUGCCAUAUGA